UACAGUAGUUAUUUUUCUUUAAUUUAGGUUUUCAAGUUGAGGUUGAUAAGUUCUUUAUCUAUUUCCUUGGGCUCAUGUUAGUUGCCAUUGCUGCCUCCUCCUCUGCCUUUUGGGUCAGUGCUGGUGUCACUGUGGCUGGUUUAGCUAAUCUACUGGUAGCUCUCACUUAUGUGGUACAAAUGUUAUUUGGUGGUGUUUUACUAACACUGGAUACUAUACCAGUCUGGAUAAGAUGGCUGCAAUACGUCUCAUUGUUCCGAUACUCAAUUGAAGCUAUUGUAGUCAAUGAAGUUGAUGGACUGUAUUUUAAUCAAACAAUUAAUGGUAGUAGUGUGUUAGUUCCUGGUAGUGAGUUAUUGUCAUUUCAAGGAUACAAGACCAGUUGGUUGUGGUAUGACAUGAUUGGACUAGGAGGACUCGCUGUUCUAUUCCUAACACUAACAUACAUUACACUGAGACUCAUUAAGAAAGAAAAAUAA